ACACACGUACGACAAGUACGUACGUACCAAUGAUUGUAUAUAUUUGGUCUGCCAGAAAUUCUCUGGUGUGCCCAAAGAUGUACUGGAAAGAUGGUAGGCAACCAACCCCUCUCAUCGAUGAAGUAGUUAAUCGACUGUAUUUGUCUAGCGGGAGUAAAGGUUAGAGGUUGAAGUUGAAGUGUCCGGCAACAGAUGCGCCACAUGUGUGAGAAGGUUGCAUAAAUUAUGGCUGCCAUAUAUUCUGGCAUUCAUCUGAAACUAAAGAGUCCUCACACACCAUGGGCAGACAAACUGAAGCUUGCUAGAUUUGCAUGGAUAUCACCACAGUGUGUUCUUCCAAAUAAAGAACAAGUUUUAUUCGACUGGACCAGCCAUGCACUCACUCUCUUUUAUAGCAAGAAAAUUGACUUGGCACAGGAUGUAGUGGAAGGCUUGUGGGUUUACUUUGAUGAUAUCAUACACAGCAAGAAACUACAGAAUGUCCUGAGUCAGGGAAAAACCAUCAGCUUGCGGAUAACAGUGGCACAGGUGAUUAAUGACCGAGUUGUUGAGCAAAACUCUGGCCAGCCCUCCGCCUCUUUGGCCACCGUGCUGAGCUGCCUGCGUGGCAUUCUGUCCUCGCCCGUCCUCUCGGUCACCUACACUGCCAAGUAUGAGCUGCUGGGAGAGCUGCUGGCACGGCUCAGCCACCUGGCGUGCGUCCGGCUGGGGCCCCAGCCCAGCAGGGAGCCCCUGCCAGUCCACGAGCUGGAGGUGCUGCAGCUGACGCUGACCACCUACCUGGCGGUCCAGCGGCAGCAGGCCAACGCCAGCCGCGUCUUCGCCCAGGUGACGACUCACCUCCUCCAGCCUCUCCUCGUGCUGCGCUACCUGCUGUCCACCAGGACGUGGGCGGAAGAGGACGGAGACGCCGCGCGGGUCAGGCAGCACGUCGGCAAGGAGAUCCGCAGCAAGGCGGACGCCGUCCUGCAGAUGGCGCUGUUCUCCGCCGACAGCUUGCAGUCGUACAAGGACGAGCUGCUGCCCUCCUCCACAGAGGAGCCAGCGGCGGGCGGCAGGAAGGGCCGAGCGGGGAAAGGCCUGUCCACCCCGCUCACCACAGUCCUGGCAAAGCUGUGCGCCCCGGGCUCCUUUGACCCCGAGGUGUUCUACCCGGUGGUGUCCACUUCACUUCCUCUGCUCUUCAAGUUCGCAUUGGAUGCCUUCUGCAAGGGUGGCGAGAACAAGCUGCUGUGUUUCCACCUCAUGACCAGGUUUGCGUGCGCGCUGGACUUCAAUGACGACGGGACCCUCAGAGAGACGUUUGACGCGGGGAACUGGAACCUCGCCCUGCUUGCUCUGGACAGCCUCCUGACCAGUUGCCUCGCCGGGGACAUUUACAACGUGGCGGCCGACCGCAUCCAGCACGGCGAAGUGCAGCUCAAGUUCUACCGCGGUCUGACCCAGCUGCUGUUCAACAACGCGCAGACCGCCACGCCCGCGUGGUACCGCUGCCUGAAGACCCUCCUGGCGCUCAACCACAUGAUCGUGGAGCCCGACCUGGACGAGCUGGUCUCCGCCGUGUGGGUGGACGCGGACUGCGUGGAGUCCCGUGUGCGUAAGGCCCGGGACGCCCUCAUCUCGGCGACGCUGACCAUCUACGCCAAGCUGCGGCAGCUGCCCAGGCUCUUCGAGGAGCUGCUGAGCGUGGUCUGCCGGCCGGCGGUGGACGAGCUGCGGCCGCCGCUGCUCUCCGAGGCCGUGGGCGAGGCGCUGGCCCUCUGCCUGCUGGACACCCCGGCCAGCCAGAGCCUGGAGCUCUGCGAGCUCGUCCUGGAGCGGCUCCAGGGCGACGUCCUGCCGGACGCCCGGGACCAGGACGGCGACGCUGCGCUGAAGAUGUUCUCGCUGAGCGCUCUCCUUCACGCCCUGCUCUUCAGCCUGAAGACGCUGGACAACGCCACGCCCCUGCCCGUCGUCCGGCAGACGCAGAGGCUCAUGGGAGAAAUGCUGGCGGCGCUGAAGCCUCUGCUGGAGUGGCUCAGAGGCGUGCCGCCCUCGGCCUCUCUCUGGGGUCAAAAGGUCAGAGAGUCCAGCCUUUUGCUCACCUACACCUGGGUGGAGGUGGACUCCCUUUUCCAGAUGCACUGCAGUAAAUACUCCCUCUCCGGAGACAAGGCCAGCAGUGAGGUCAGCGAGCCAGCAGAUGAAGGCCUCUGGCUUCUCUCUGAAGCACUGGUCAAGGACUGGGAGCAGGCGGCACUGGACGGCUAUAGCCCUGUCAGUCAACUUUUCCAGAAGUUUCUGGCCUUGCAGAUGAUGAAGAAAAUCCUCCUGAGGAGCGAUUUUGCCACAGAUAUUAGUAACCUGGAUGUCCUCCAUAAUGCCACCCAGUUCAUAGUGGGUCGAGACGAAUCGUCGCCUGCCGAGUUUGACCAGCUGUGGGAUGGUCAGAUCAGCAGUGUGGAUGCUGAUAGCUACCCAGCAGCUCACUGGUAUCUGGUGACAACCAACCUGCCUCUCAUUGCCCCAUUCCUCACAGAUGAAGAUGUAGCUUAUUUAGCUAGCAUGCUCCUGACAUCAGUGCUGCAUAAUGAUGCUGAGGAGAAGGGAGACAAGCAGGGGCUGUGUGUUGCUGUCAUUUCAAAGCAGCUCAUAGACAGCGCGCUUCUGAUUGAGUUGCCUGCUCUCUACUCAGCUGUAGUGCGGGGCGUCACGCAGCGCUUGACACAGAUUUUUGACACGCAGCGUGUUGGGAGCGUUUGCCCGUCCCUUCUGAAAACGGAUGAGGAGUUUAGCAGCGAGGGCUGUGACACAGAGGUGAUGACAGACGAGUCUGCGGGUGACGGAGGUGUGGAUCCGGCAGUUGUCAAGAGACUGGAGUCUGUCGCUCAGCAGAUCUUGACCGCACUUGGGUCAGGAUCACUGAUGGACCUUUCUGUGGCUCAAGUUGACGACCUUGUACGCGUGCUUAAGGUCAGCAGUGCAUUAAAUGUGGAUGGAAUGUCCCUGAAAGACUAUUCUGAGCUCUUCCUGAUCACGUUCAUGAUUGUCACAUGCACGCAGCCUUGUAGUGAUGUUGCAAUUCAUGUCAAAAUGGCUUUCCUUAGAGACUCCUUCUGUUUCCUGACCUCCCUGCUGACGAGGAGAAAUGCCCAGGUCAUCCUGAAACUAGCCCGCGGAAGCAAACUGCUAGAGGAGGUCGUGACCUCUCUUUUCUCUCGCGCUAACAAGGGCCUGUUUGACGACGUCAGCGAGACCGACUGGUCAUCUUUCCUGCAGGCGGUGCGCUCCUUCCUCCAGAGCCUGCUGCAGCUGAUCAUUGAGCGCAAGAGCAGCGUGCGCCUCAAUCUGGAGCAGUUCGCCUGCUUCCUGACGGUCCAGAGCGAGGCAGUGACCACUGCGGCCGCCGUCACCACGGCGGCAGCUGCUGGCGGCGACCGGCCGAGGCUUUUAUCCCUGCAGCUGUUGCUGGCCUCGCUCGGCACGGCAGCUGACGUCAUGACCUCCAGCCUGGGUAAGAGCAAACAGCUGGACCAGACGCUCGUCCAGCUGCUGGGGAAAAUUCUCACGGUCACAGAACCUGCCGUCCAGGCCAGCCUGAUGGUGGCGGUGGGCGGGGCGGCCGGCCGGGCCUUCUCGGUGGACAUGGUGGCGGGGAUGGUGCGCAGCGAGCUGGCCUGUCUUGCCCACCAGGCGGAGGAGGAGGGGACGCCGAAGACGGAGCGGCCCCCAACACUCGGCCACAUGGGACUGUACCGGAGCUGCGGCAUGCAGAUCCUCAAAGAGCUGUGCCCUGCCCCACGCCCCAUGGACUUCCUGUUGUCAUCUCUGCACUUCCUGUCAGCUUACUACAGUGCCGUACAGAAGGCCAAGGAGCCCGGGAUCGAAGACCUUUUUGUGGACAUUUUGCACAACGUUCACAAAUUAUUGUCAGCUUCCUGGUUGUCUCGGGCAGAACUGGAGCAGCUGCAGACUCCAGUGAGCGAUCUGAUUGGUGAGCUGUUGGCCACGAGCUCCCUGGAGCAGUUCCACUCCCUCCUGCUGCUGCUGAGGGAAGGCCUGGACGUGUCAAAGGUCACGGAGGGCAACCACAGGGAGGUUUUCUCAGCGGUGACCGUCAUCAGGCUCCUCGCCAGCUGCGGGCUCCCAGAGUCCUGCUCCAAGGCAUUCUGGCUCAUCGCCCCUCAGAUCAUAUCGGCUCUGGUUUUCAUAGUGAAGGAGUCUGGGAAGGAGACAUCACUGAUCUCUGCUGUCACCGUCCCGGCACUGGAGGCUUUGGCAGUUUUACUCCGUCAGGGGGAAGGAAUGCUGUCCAACCCACAUCAUGUCACCCUUGCUCUGGGGGCCGCACAGUUUGUCCCUCUGGACCACCUGUCCGCCCAGGACUACCAUGCAGCCUUUGAGGCCAUCCAUGAGGUGCUGUUUGCCAUCAUCCAGUGCCAUUCACAGGUGAUGCUGACUGCAGCUCCAGCCUUCUUGAACUGUUUCUACCGACUCGUGGCCUCCAUAAUGUCCGAGGGAAAACAGAAAGGAGAGGUGGACAGAGCAGCAGAGAAGGACGGCGGAGAGCUUCUGAAGUGCGCUCGACUGGUGGAGAGGAUGUACUCGCACGUGGCCACUACCGCCGAAGGCUUCACGGUCCUCUCGUCCUUCAUGGUGGCGCAGUACGUCAGCGAUCUGCAGAAGGUGACCCUGCGUCCAGAAAUCAAGGCCCACCUAACCGAGGGCAUCUACAGCAUCAUGGACCUGUGCGCCGAGCGCGACGUCAAGUUCCUGAACACCACCCUGCCACCGGGGCUGCGCGAGGUGUUCAACGAGCUCUACGGCAGCUACCAGCACUACCACAAGGCCCAGAGACAGGGAGAGGACAAGUACACCGCCUGAGAAGAAGGCAUGAAAUUGGGGCAUCACAGAACUGUGUUAUGGAAAUCAUGUACAAUUUUGCAGAAAUGUAAAUAGCUUUUUUUUUUUAAAUGUUGUAUUGAUCCAGAGAGACAUAAAAUAUGUCUUGUCUCCAAUAAAUCUCCGCACAUGAGAAAUGUGCACAUGCUGUUUUCAUUCA